AGCGCCGCGGCCGCGGGAGGGAAGGCGGAGGAUGCGCUGAUCUCCGCGGGUCGCUUCUGCAGCGCCCCUCGCAGGCUGCCCAUCUGGGGAACAUUUUCCUUUUGGAGGAAAGAUGCUGUCUUCAAAUGAUAAAAAGUUAGAGAAACUGGGUCCCUUUUACCGACCUUCGCUGUCCAGGCAGAAGACCAGUGCAGAAAUCAUAAGUGAAGCACGGAAUGCAUUAAGAACAGUUAAAACCCAAAGACCAUUCACACCUUGGGAAGAUCAAAGAAAACUCUUCGGACCUGCCUCAUCAAGAACACCCGAGAGCAGGCCUCCUUCCUCCUUCAGAAACCAAAAGCCCCAGCAUCUCCAGCCCCCGAGGAGCAUGCCUGCCUCUCCUUUCCGAAGCCCCCACUGGACCCUGCAAAGAUCCGAAAAAUAAGCAGCUCCCGCGCACGCUUGUUCCGGGCCGCCUCGCAGGGACCUCUUCUGCCCGACAGAUGCCUUCCCGCCACCCAGCCCAAGAAGACAGUGGAAUCCAAAGAAACCAUUACGAUGGGGAACUCUACAAUGAAAAUAAAUGGGGUUUGUUCAACAGCAUCAAGUACUGCUGGCCCCUUAAGAAGUCUCCCACUGCAACUGACUUACGAUGGAAGCUUCAGAGAAAUCAGAGAGCAAGAAGCAUUCAGAGACUCAUCUUCACCAUCUGCUGUCAGAAGUGGAGGGUAUCCCGGGAAGCAGAGAGCCCGUGCCUCCCUGCGUUCUAGCAGCUUGGACCCAAGCAGGCUGGAAACAGGAGCAGUCUCAAAAGCUGAUGUGCAAGAAAAGGAUACGGAAAUAGAAGUUGACGAAGUCUUUUGGAAAACAAGGAUUGUACCGAUUCUGCAUGAAUUAGAAAAGGAAGAAAGCGCGGGUGCCUUGUGUGCUGCCUGCGCGCAGCUCCACCGCGCGCUAGAGGAGGCGAGCCUGCUGGGAAGCAAGUUCAAGAGAAGAAGCGCUCUGCUGAAGACUCUCUACAAACUGGUGGACGUCGGCUCAGACUCGCUCAGCCUUAAACUUGCAAAACUCAUCCUAGCACUGAAAGUGAGCAGAAACAAUCUUCUUAAUGUCUGCAAGCUUAUAUUUAAAAUCAGUCGGGAUGAGAAGAAUGAUGCUCUGAUUCACAGUGAUGACAUUCUGGCAUCGUUAUUAGAGGUGCUGAGAAGUGAAGACCUGCAAACAAACACUGAAGCCUUCUUGUACUGCGUGGGGGCUCUCAAGUUCAUUUCCGGAAAUCCAAGAUUUCUUCACGAAAUGAUCAGCAAAGGGGCUGUGGAAAUACUGAUGAAUCUGGUAAAGCAAAUGAACGACAGCACUGAGAAAUGUGGCACAUGUUUGCCUAAUUCGGGCCACUUGUUAGUCCAGAUGACAGCCACGCUGAGGAACUUGGUGGAUUCCCCGGUAGCAAGAAGUAAGGUGCUGUGCCUCAGCGCCGUCCCCGACCUGUGCACAGCUCUGGAUCAGUGCAUGGAUGACAAGGAUGUCUGUACCAACAUUGCUAGGAUUUUCAGCAAACUAACUUCUUACCACGACUGCUGUGCAGCCUUGGCCAGCUAUCCCAGAUGCUAUGCCGUGUUUCUGAGUCUGUUAAACAAAUACCAGAAGAAACAGGAUUUAGUCAUCCGUAUUGUUUUCAUUCUUGGCAACCUGACAGCAAAGAAUAACCAGGCUCGAGAGCAUUUCUCCAGAGAGAAGGGGAGCAUUGAAACCCUGCUCACGCUGUUCCAGAUGUUCCACCAGCUGGACGUGCGCUCCCAGGGGCCCGGCCACACUGGAGCCGAGCAGCCCGCCGCGCAGAGGCUGCCUUCGGAGGCGGAGGAGGUGCUCAUCAAGCUGACCCGCGUGCUGGCCAACGUGGCCAUUCACCCGCGCGUCGGCCCUGCGCUGGCCGCCAACCCGAGAGUCGUCGGACUGCUGUUGACCACGCUGGAAUCGAAGUCACUGAGUGAGUGUGAGGAGCUGGUGAUCAAUACCACAGCAGUCAUCAACAAUCUGUCCUUCUACCAAGUGAAGAGCUCCCUCAUCCAACACAAGAAGCUGUAUGUUGCUGAAUUGCUCCUAAGGCUUCUUGUGAGUGACAACAUGGAUGGAAUCCUAGAGGCUGUGCGUGUCUUUGGGAAUCUCUCUCAGGACCACGACAUCUGCAAUUUCCUCGUGCAGAACAAUGUUCACAAGUUCAUGAUCGCACUCCUGGAUGCCAAACAUCAGGACAUUUGUUUUUCUGCCUGUGGGGUUCUCCUCAACCUCACUGUGGAUAAAGACAAGCGCGCCAUCCUGAAGGAAGGCGGAGGUAUUACAAAGCUUGUGCAUUGUUUAAGAGAGUUCGGUCCUUCUGACUGGCAGCUGGCCUGCUUGGUUUGCAAGACCUUGUGGAACGUCAGUGAAAACGUCACAAAUGCUUCAUCAUGCUUUGGAGACGAAGACACCAACACGCUUUUAGUCCUGUUGUCCUCGUUUUUGGAUGAAGAGCUUGCGCUGGAUGGCAGCUUUGACCAGGACCUCAGAAGCUUCCACAAGCUGCAUUGGGAGACCGAGUUCAAGCCGGUGGCACAGCAGCUUCUAAAGAGGAUCCAGAGUCGCCACACCUUCCUGGAGCCCCUGCCCGUCCCUUCUUUCUGACGUGGAGCAGGGUAACACACCACAGGAAGACGGGUCUCCCUUGUUUUUAACAAGUGGUAACAAGACGAACAUUGAAAGUGUUUAAAGUACUGAUUUUAGUGAGUAGCCUAAGUAUU